GCUUCCAAGCGUCACCUUAACCCCGGGCAUAUCUGAAGCGCACGCAUUUCGUAUUAGGAUCGCUGGAAGUAAGGAAUUUCUCCAAAUUUCUCCUAGGCCUAUCUCUCGAUCCCUUAGUUGAAGAUGGCGGCCGAGCAGCGAAAGCAGACCGAGAAGCCGGAACUCCGUUGGCGAUGGAGCCCUGCCCAACUAAUGCUUUUGUCUACAACUCAACCCUUUGCGCUUGUAAUCCCGGCCUCUUCCUUGCCACCGACGGCUGUAAGUCUCUCACAGCCGGCGGCGGGGGCGGUGGGGAAUGGAAAACGAGCUCGGGCGUGGAGGAGCAGCCGACGUUCUUGUCUACCGUGCUCCCGCUGGAGUCGAUCCGGCGGCUGACCCGGUCGCAGGAGGCGCUUCUUGGAGCGACCUUUGUGGCGCUUAUCGUGUGGCUCGCCUUCUGCUUUGCCGUGCGGUUUGGGAGACUCGGCGACGGCGAGACAUUCUGGUUCCGGAUCCGUUGGUGGAUUAGCCGUCUAGAUGUCUACUUCUAUACCAGGCAUUGGCUGGAAGAUAACAAGGUCGUUGUAAAGAGGAAAACAGAACUGGGAGGGACGUUUUCUGUAGCAAGCUGGAUAUUAUUUGCUGGCUUGUUCUCUGCAUUGCUGUAUCAGAUUAUUGCAAAGCGCACAUUUGAGGUACACAAAGUCAGACCAACCAACGCUCCAGACUUGCAGCAGUUUGACAAUGAUAUUGAGUUUAAUAUAACCACGGUCUCUAGCUUGACUUGUUCUCAUUUGCGAAGUCUUAAGAAAAUAGUCACCACUAGUCCUGGUUCAAUUUAUUACAAAGUCUCCCUUCUGACACUUUAUUCCAAUUAUACUUGCUAUAAUACAAGCCGAGGCCCCACAGUUUCAAUUAAAUGCAACCGCUGUCAGAUUUCAAGAGAGGACUUAUAUAUUUCAUGGCAGUUUGUUGAUCUCCCAAAGAGUCCUGCCAGUGCAGUUGGCUUUCAAUUCAAUCUAACGGCAAGAGAUCAUAUUGAUGAUACACAUGUCAGCUAUGUCAGUGGCACUUUAGCACCGGGAAGCUAUAGAGAUGGUGAACUAGAAACAUUAAGGGGACCAGAUAUGAAUUUAUUGAAGAUCAAUUUAUUCCCUACAAAGUUCAAUUAUAAGCAUCGUUUGAAACUCAUUCAACCUCUGCUGCAUGACUACUUACCAGGCUCAUCAUUUUCCGAUAUUGGGAGACUGCAAGCUUCUCUUCAGAACUCCAGGGAUGGACUAUUGAAUAUUACCCUGCUUGUUAGAUAUCUUUCUGAUUACAUUGUGGAGGUUGACAAAGAACUUUCAUUUGGAAUUGUGAGCUUCCUGGCUGAGGUUGGUGGUCUUUCUGUCACAAGCCUAGCAGUUUUUCUUUACUUGCUAUCACAAUGUGAGGCCAGAUUCAAGAAUCUUCGUUUUGAAGAUACAACAAUGAGGCACAUUAGAAGACACAAACGUGCUCAACGGCAUUGGGAUAAGGUAAGGAAAUAUGUCAAUUACACUUGGGGGCAGAGUAGCAUCAAUAUCAAAAGUAGAAGCAAAUCUAGUCAAAUUAUUCAUGGAAGUAGAUCACUCCACAAAAUGAAUCAAGCUUCCCGAAUUUUAUACCAUCAAAAUGUGUCUGGCAUGCCAUCUGAGAAGAAUUUUGUCGUAGAUGCUGCUGAGACUGUGGAUUUGAGUUUGGAUUUCGAAGCAAGCAAAUAACAUCAAGAUUGAAAGGAAAAGAGUAGCCUGAAGGUUUUCCAUAUACUCA